AUGAAGUUCCUCUUGUCUUUGGUUUUCAUCGCGGCGACACUCUGUGCCGUGAUUACGGCAAAGGACGAGUAUAUCCAGCUGCCGGGGAAGAGCUGCACGGACGCUCCGGAUUGUCCGGACGACAGACCGUGCGUGAUGGCUUCUCCGAGGAAGAACUGUGACUCCUGUGUUACCGAACUUGUGCCCACCUGCGGAAAGAAACCCUGA